AUGUUAUCAAGGAUACCAAGAGGUAGAAUAAUAAAUAAUCCAAUACCCAAAAAUACAUCCACAAAAUUAUACAAAACUAUACCAAUAUGUGCUAGAUAUUUGCAACCGAUAAAUAAUUACCAUGGCCAACGUAAUAUAAUUCCAAUUAGACAUUUUUCUUCUUCAGAUCGUAAAAAUUUACAAAUGCAAAUGAAUAAAGAUGAUCAAGAUAAUCGUCCUACUUUAGAAAAAUAUGGUACAAAUUUAACACAAUUAGCUAAAGAAGGUAAAUUAGAUCCAGUUAUUGGAAGAAAUGAAGAAAUUAGAAGAACUAUUCAAAUUUUGUCAAGAAGAUCUAAAAAUAAUCCAGUUCUAAUUGGUAGUGCCGGUACUGGUAAAACUGCAGUUAUGGAAGGUUUAGCUCAAAGAAUUGUUAAAAAAGAAGUUCCUGAUUCAAUGAAGGAAAAACAAAUUAUAACUUUAGAUUUAGCUGGUAUAAUAUCCGGUUCAAAAUUUAGAGGUGAUUUUGAAAGUAAAUUAAAACAGAUUUUAAAAGAAGUUGAAGAAAAGAAUGGGUCAAUAAUUUUAUUUAUUGAUGAAUUUCAUUUAUUAAUGGGAUUAGGUAAAGCUGAAGGUUCAAUUGAUGCUUCAAAUCUAUUAAAACCUGCAUUAGCAAGAGGGAAAUUAUCAAUGUGUGGUGCUACAACUAUUGAAGAAUAUAGAAAAUAUGUUGAAAAAGAUGCUGCAUUAGCAAGAAGAUUUUCUCCAGUUACCAUUAAUGAACCAACUGUUGAAGAUACAAUUUCGAUAUUAAGAGGUUUAAAAGAAAAAUAUGAAGUUCAUCAUGGUGUUAGAAUUAUGGAUUAUGCAUUGGUUACAGCUGCAUUGUAUUCAAAUAGAUAUAUUACUGAUAGAUUUUUACCUGAUAAAGCAAUUGAUUUAGUUGAUGAAGCUAGUUCAACAUUAAGAUUACAACAUGAAUCAAGACCAGAUGCUAUUCAAACAUUAGAUAGACAAAUUAUGACUAUUGAAAUUGAAUUAGAAUCAUUGAAAAAAGAAGAUGAUCAAUUAUCAAUUGAUAGAAAGAAUAAGUUACAAGAAGAAUUAACAAUCAAAAGAAAAGAAUUAAAUGAAUUAACUCAACAAUGGGAAGAAGAGAAAAAAACAAUUGAUGAUGUUAAAGAAGCAAAAUCAAAUUUGGAAAAAGCAAGAUAUGAAUUAGAACAAGCUCAAAGAGAGGGUAAUUAUGGUUUAGCUUCAAAAAUUCAAUAUGCAACUAUUCCUGAAUUACAAAAUCAAUUAAAACAAUUAACUCAAAAAGAACAAGAUGUAAAAUCAACUUCAUUAUUACAUGAUUCAGUUACUUCAGAUGAUAUUGCUGGUGUUAUAUCAAAAAUGACUGGUAUACCUGUUGAUAAUUUAAUGAAAGGUGAAAAGGAUAAAUUAUUAGAUAUGGAAGUUAUAUUAAAACAAAAAGUUGUUGGUCAAGAUGAAGCAAUACAUGCAGUAUCAGAUGCUGUUAGAUUACAAAGAGCUGGUUUAACUAGCGAUAAAAGACCAAUUGCUUCAUUUAUAUUUCUUGGUCCAACAGGUACUGGUAAAACUGAAUUAACUAAAGCAUUGGCUGAAUUUUUAUUUAAUGAUCAAAAUUCAGUUAUAAGAUUUGAUAUGUCUGAAUUUCAAGAAAAACAUUCUUUAUCAAGAUUAAUUGGUUCUCCACCUGGUUAUGUUGGUUAUGAUGAAAGUGGUGAAUUAACUGAAGCUGUUAGAAGAAAACCAUAUAGUAUUGUUUUAUUUGAUGAAUUUGAAAAAGCACAUCCAGAUAUUUCAAAAUUAUUAUUACAAGUUUUAGAUGAAGGUACAUUAACUGAUUCACAUGGUAAAAAAAUUGAUUUUAAAAAUACAAUAAUUGUAAUGACUUCAAAUAUUGGACAAGAAAUUUUAUUAAAUGAUACAAAUACAUUUGAAGAUGGUCAUAUAGUUAAAGAAGUUAAAGAUAAAGUAAUUGAAAAUUUAAGACAUUAUUAUCCACCUGAAUUUUUAAAUCGUAUUGAUGAUACUUUAGUUUUCAAUAGAUUAUCUAAAAAAGUAUUAAAAGAUAUUUUACAAAUUAGAUUAAGAGAAAUUAAUGAUAGAUUACUAGAUAAAAGAAUUUUCCUUAAUUUGACUAAUCCUGCAAAAGAUUUAUUAUGUGAAAAAGGUUAUGACCCACGUUAUGGUGCAAGACCAUUAAAUCGUGUUUUACAAAAGAAAGUAUUAAAUCCAUUAGCUAUGUUAUUAAUUAAAGGACAAAUAAGAGAAAAUGAAACAGUUCAUGUUGAAGUUCGUGAUCAUGAAAUUUAUGUAAAACCAAAUCAUUCAGAAAAACAAGUUAUAAAAGAUGAAGAAGAAUAUUAUCAAGAAAAGGAUAAAGAAUAA